AUGCGUGUGUGGAUUGCCGGAUUUUUUUCUGGGAUUGGAAUCUGGAAACAAGUCCCCACAAAGCCCAACUCGUUUGAUCAGAGUGGAGGAUGGCGCGAUGGGGAUAUGGCCGCCACAAUACUGGCUGCAUUGCUCGUGGCCGCGGGUUUUAGAGCCCCUGCACCCACGCAGCCCCCACCUGCCCAACCAGACAACACACAAGUGGAGACCAAGAACACCGCCAAGCGUCCUGCACCUGGCCCCGCAGAGCCCGCCCAGCCCCGGAGCAAGGGCGCCCGGCAAGCCCAGGAACCCCAUCAGGCCGCAGGCGCCCCAUCGAGGAGUGAAAGAGUGGCCCCAGAAGGAGUUAAGGCACGCGCGCAGACACUGCUUGGCCAGGUGCCCUUGGACGCCAACCCAAUGAUCGAGGGUCUAGCUCUGGCGUUGGCAAGCGAGGCCCACAAAGCGCGAGCUAGCAGCACGGUCGCGCAGUACAAGGAGCCAUGGCAGGAGUUCCUAGAUUGGGCAGAGCUACUACACAUUCGGGCGAGCGACGUUUACGAUAUCAGGCCAGAGAUAGUGGCUAUGUACCUGAUGCACGUCUACCAAACCGCGCAAGCGGAUGAAGCAGGCCCGGGUCGUGUCGCAAGGGCGACUGCUGCUAUUGCCUGCCACUUUUUUUUCGCAGGCCGCCCCUCCCCCACGGAGCACCCAGCAUGCAAACUCGUACGGGACCUGAGCAGGCGCACACUAUCCAAAACGGACCAGGAGUGCAAAGGGCAGACCGUGGGGAUUGCACGUGCAGGGAGCGUGGCUUGCCCAGUGGGCUUGUCAGAGGGGCUGCUGUCGCUUUGUAGCUACGCCCGUGUCCCCAGCUCCCCCUCGGAGGAUGUGGGUCGGCUACUGCGCAGGGUAAAGGCGACACAGCAAGGCCAGCAGCUGCAGCAGAGGACCGGCUCUGUUCAGUCACCUAUCAGCAGCCUCAGCUCUAACCUCAUUCCGGAAGAAGCUCGCUGUCAUGUACAGCGCCGUGGGCAUCAAGCGCGGAAUCAUACCACACUCCAUGCACAUCAGGGGAAACAGCACAGCAGCAGCCAGAGGGGCACCAAGAGGCUAAUAUGCGGAGAGAGGCUCCUAAUUCUCGACGUAGUGUACGGGCGGACUGGUGUGCCGUACAACCCAGCUGUGUACACGUGCGCGGGGAAUGCAUAG